AGCUCAUUAAAGGCUGAACUACGGUUUGGAGUUACCGAGAUCCCCACCCCUCCAUGCACGUUAUAUAGUGAAACCUGGACACCAACAGGCCAAUAUCUGGCUAACCAUUCAAACCAUAAGACUGUCUUUACAUCACUAUGAAAGGCGACAUGGAGAGCCUGCCCAAGAUGGACCCCUCCAACGACCACAGUCGACCCCUGGACAUUGUGCCGCAGAGCGAUGAGAAGAUGAAGGAGAGGGGCCAGUGGGGCAACAAGGUGGAGUUUGUCCUCUCUGUUGCCGGGGAGAUCAUAGGACUGGGCAAUGUGUGGCGCUUCCCUUACCUGUGCUACAAGAAUGGAGGAGGUGCUUUCUUCAUCCCCUACCUCAUCUUCCUGUUCACCUGUGGUAUCCCAGUGUUCUUCCUGGAGACAGCCCUGGGACAGUUCACCAGCGAGGGAGGCAUUACCUGCUGGAGGAAGAUCACUCCACUGUUUGAAGGAGUGGGCUACGCCACACAAGUCAUUGUGGCUCUGUUGAACUUCUAUUACAUCAUCGUCCUGGCCUGGGCCAUCUUCUACCUGUCCUACUCCUUCACCUGGGACCUGCCCUGGGCCUCCUGCAACAACACAUGGAACACAGAUUCCUGCAUGGAGUUCCAGAGGAGGAAUGACUCUUUCAAUCAGCCACGUCUGAACGCCACGUCUCCUGUCAUUGAGUUCUGGGAGCGGAGGGUUCUGCGUAUCUCCUCUGGCAUAGAUCAUAUAGGAUCUCUCAACUGGGACCUGGUGCUGUGUCUGGCCAUAGCCUGGGUACUAGUCUACUUCUGUAUCUGGAAGGGAGUCAAGUCCACUGGCAAGGUGGUAUAUUUCACAGCUACCUUCCCCUACAUCAUGCUGUCUAUCCUGCUCAUCAGAGGGGUCACCCUGCCAGGAGCAUUCAUAGGAAUCAAGUUCUACCUCUACCCAGACCUGGGACGCCUGUCAGAUCCACAGGUAUGGAUGGAUGCAGGGACUCAGAUCUUCUUCUCCUAUGCCAUCUGUCUGGGGUGUCUGACUGCUCUGGGAAGCUACAACAAGUACAACAACAACUGCUACAGAGAUUGCUUGGCGUUAUGCUUCCUGAACAGUGGGACCAGCUUCGUGGCAGGCUUUGCUAUCUUCUCCAUCCUGGGCUUCAUGUCUUACGAGCAGAACGUGCCCAUCUCAGAGGUGGCAGAAUCUGGUCCUGGUCUGGCCUUCAUAGCCUACCCCCGUGCAGUGUCUAUGAUGCCCUUCUCUCCUCUCUGGGCCUGUUUCUUCUUCAUCAUGAUUGUCUUUUUGGGGCUGGACAGCCAGUUUGUCUGUGUGGAGAGUCUGGUGACGGCCAUGGUGGACAUGUACCCUAAAACUUUUCGUCGUAAGAACCGCAGAGAGCUCUUCAUCUUGGCGGUGGCCAUUGUUUCCUUCCUCAUGGGUCUUAUCAUGCUGACAGAGGGAGGCAUGUACGUCUUCCAACUCUUUGACUACUAUGCUGCCAGUGGGAUGUGCCUGCUCUUUGUGGCUGUCUUUGAGACUGUUUGCAUUGCUUGGAUUUAUGGUGCUGACCGUUUCUAUGACAACAUUGAGGACAUGAUUGGCUACCGUCCCGGACCUAUUAUCAAAUACUGCUGGAUGUUCUUCACUCCUGCUACCUGCUUAGGUACCUUUGCCUUCUCCCUGAUCAAGUACACCCCUCUGAAGUACAACAAUGAGUAUGUGUACCCCUGGUGGGGCUACGGCUUGGGCUGGCUCCUGGCCCUGUCCUCCAUGCUCUGUGUUCCCCUCUGGGUGGUCAUCAAAAUGUGUUCUGUGGAAGGCACCCUAAAAGAGCGCUUUACAAUCCUGACCACGGCAUCCACUGACUUACCUAAAACCAAGAAGGAGCAAGAGAAGCUGCUGGCCAUCUUUGCUGGCGAUGGGGACAGCCUCCGUCAGAGACACCCUCCCACCAAGGAAGGCUACUUCCCCGUCAACGAGAAGGAGUCCAACUGCUAGAGCUAGGAACGUGGACCCAGACCUUACGAGGUCCCAUGUCCAUUCCCUUGACAUGGCCUCUGCUUUGGCCCCGUCCGAAACCUCUCCUCAACAAUACCUCAUAACUGCUCAACUGCGGCCAAAUGAGCAUGGAUGCAGUGACACUGGUGCUGCUGUGCCCUGGCUCUUUCUCUCCUGCAAGGUCUCUCAGACAGCACAGACUACUGCUUCAGGUGCUGUCCUGUUGUUAAAUCGUGUACAUACUUAUGUUUACACACACAAUGCUACUGGCUCUCCGCCAUCUACACUUCCAUCCACGGGAGAGUCAGUCUCCACUUCUCUCUCCCACUGUUGCCUUAUCAACCAGGAACUUUAGCUGGGUUUUGCUGAUUUCUUUCACCAAUGGCUAAAGUUGAGCAGACAUUGAAAUGGUGUGAUUCAGUGAUUUGUUAUAUGUCCAUCGUGGUUGAGACUUGAGAAUGUUUGUCUGAUGAUUAGACCUGCUUUCUAAGGAAGCAUCUUUUAUUUUCCUUUUUUCAUGGACAUCUCUCGGCAUAUGUGUACACAAUUUGCUAUGAUUAGGUAUUCUUUUAGUGCAUUAUGUCGAACUCGCUGAAGUCAUAUGAGUUUAAUGUAAUACAUCAUUCUAAUCAAUGUUUGUUAAUUUACCUGAAUGUGCUAAACCUUAACUGACAACAUUUUUACAUGACAAAUGAAGGAAUCAGAUAGGCACAUGCCAACUAAAAGCAUCAUGUCAUUGUGGUUACAAGAAGUAAUACAUCAUUUAAAGGCCCAGUGCAGUCAAAAACUAGAUUUUCCUGUGCUUUGUAUAUAUUUCCACACUAUGAGGUUGGAA